AUGACUUCUCGCACAGAGGAGCUCGCGACAUCCGUAUCGGAGAACCUGGCGAAACUGCAGGAUUAUCUGAAGGCCAAUAAUCUCCCAGAUCUCUCCAUCGAGGACGACGUUCCGCUCCAAUUUCAAUUCGAGCCAGAUUUUGCUUCUCCUAGAGAUGCCGCCAUCAUAGCUCGCAGAGAGCUUUUAGCUUUGCUUUCAGCUGUUAGCCGAUUCAAUAUUGCUUCAAGCUUUCCUGAUGGUCACGAUACCGCUACGUACGAUGAGCUAGCUGAAAGAUGCCGGCUGCCAGAGCCAGAAGUCAGACGCAUCGUACGAGCGUUGCUCCCGUCAUAUAUAUUUCAGGAGAAAGGUAAUGGAAUAGUUGCGCACACAGCAGCUUCUAAGAAGUUAGCUCGAAAUCAUCUUAUGUCGGCAUUGAGAUUUACGGAUGCAAUGCAAAAAUGGCCGGGUUCAGAAGAGCCGAACCAAACCGGCUACAACCUCGCAAAUGGCACGGAAGAUCACGCCUUCGCGCAUAUGGCCAAGUUCCCUGGACGUUCUGAGAGAUUCGCGGCAGCAAUGGCGCUCUUUAGUAAGGGCCCAGGAAACUCCCCGAAGUGGCUACUGGAGAACUACCCCUGGGGACAUAUCGGUUGCGAGACGAUAGUGGACGUUGGCGGAUCUAGCGGGGAAUACAGCAUUCCCAUUGCACAAGCAUACCCUGACCUGAAAUGCAUCGUUCAAGAACUACCAGAGGUCAUCACAAAGGCCAGUCCAACCCUUCCAUCCGAUCUCAAGGAACGAGUCUCUUUCAUGGCGCACGAUUUCUUCACCGAGCAGCCAGUAAAGGGUGCUAAUGUUUACCUUCUGCGGUGGGUGUUGCAUGACUGGUCUGAUAAAUACGCUAUCCGCAUUUUACGGGCAUUAGUACCGGCGCUUGAAAGCGGUUCGAAGAUCGUGCUUCACGAGCACAUUCUGCCUGAGCCCGGCGAGGCCCCUACCCUCCAGGAGAGAACGCUCAGGAUCUUUGACACGGGCAUGAGGGAGCUCACGAACGGCAAAGCGAGAGAGGUUCGCGACUGGGAGGCGUUGCUCGCUUCAGCCGACCCUUGUUUCAAAAUUGAGAAGAUUGGAACGCCUCGUGGUUCUGACCUUGGAAUAAUUGAGGUGGAAUGGAAAUCAUAGCUGGGAAUGGCGAGGGCAAACUUUGGAAGGCUGCAUUUGCUUUCUAAAGCUUUGCAUGAUAUAUAGGAAUCUGUGUCGAUUCUGAGGGGAUGUAUUUGAAGACAAAAAAGCGAAUAGUGAGAGUGUCCUAUCGCUUUCCCUCCACUCACGUUUCAGUAACUUCCGUCAUCCAUGUUACUUCGAUAACCGCCAGGAUAGAGCCAGGCGAGCUAAUAAUUCUUUCGAGCGAGAACCGAUUGUCAGCCGCUGCGAAAAGGUCCAUCCAUUCCUGUGCACUACGUUCCUUUGAGUUGAAUAGUUGUUUCAUUGUCAGGUC